CGAAAUGUUGUUUGCGAAAAGUAUCGGAUGGAAAGCCAUCCUUUUUGCAAGCUUUGGUCUCAGCGCUAUUGCUGCACCAAACACCCCUCAUACUAUCAGCAUUACCAUGGAUGUUGACGACAGCUACUCUCUUACUUUUGAUGGAACUGACUACAGUGUGUCUUACUCUGAUUCGAGCUGGUAUACGAUCAAAACCUACACUAAAAAUGUUACUGGCGACGGCCCAUGGCUGAUUGCAGUUCACGCCAAUGAUUACGGAACCAUUGCUGGUUUAUUUGCAAGCGUUUUCUUGGAUGGAUCUCCUUAUUCCACAACCGCCACAGCUAAUAACAAAUUCGUCAUGAGUCCCAAUACGCCCUCUACCAACUGGAACACCAAUAUCAACUAUGACGACUCGCAGUGGUUUACUCAAACCACUGAUAACUGCCCAAUAACCAACAUGUGGAGCUCUAUGCUCCCUUCUCUUGAUCAACAAACCAAAGGACAAGUAGCCCGUUCUAUGUGGUAUCCUGACUGCAGAAACACGGGCACAGUUGCAAACCCUAAAAACAUGUACUUCCGUUUGCUUGUGACUCCCCCACCUACUGCCCCAACUUACGGAUAUACCAAUCAGGUUUCGACCAUUGCCGCUUACGCGUCUGCUGCCACUACCACUUCACCAGCAGCGGUUGUCACUACCACCUCGGCAGUUGCUCCAAUUGCUACCCACGUUAUUACCAUUACCGCGGUUGUUGAUGACUACUACGAGAUGAAAAUCAACUCUGUGCAGUACACCGUUCCUCAAAACGAAACCAACUGGAAAACUCUCCGAACCUAUAAUCAAGUUGUGUAUGGCGACGGACCUUGGUUGAUUUCCAUUACAGGACACGAUACCGGUGGUGCUUCUGGUCUGUUUGCCGCUGUUUACAUUGACGGCAAACCAUUCACGUUCACCGGAUCAACUGGCAACAAAUUUGUCAUGAUUGGUAAUACUCCUGCUCAGGGAUGGGAUACCAAUGUUAACUUUGAUGACAGAGCAUGGUACACACAGACCAGUGAUUCGUGCAACUCUGUAGUUAUUGGAUGGCCAUUUAUUUCAACACUCGAUGCCAUGACCAGACCUCAACUUGCUCGUGCCAUGUGGUACCCCGACUGCACUAGCACUCCUGGUGAUUCUUAUACCCCUAGAAACAUGUACUUCCGUCUUGUCGUCACUGCACCAACUACUGCACCGACAUCGAUACCAGUUGCUCAAGUCUCGACCACUUCAGCAGCGGCGGUUGCCACUACCACUUCACCAGCAGCGGUUGCCACUACCACCUCGGCAGUUGCUCCAAUUGCUACCCACGUUAUUACCAUUACCAUGGUUGUUGAUGACUACUACGAAAUGAAAAUCAACUCUGUGCAGUACACCGUUCCUCAGAAUUCGACCAACUGGAAAACUCUUCAAACCUAUAAUCAAGUUGUGUAUGGCGACGGACCUUGGUUGAUUUCCAUUACAGGACACGAUACCGGUGGUGCUUCUGGUCUGUUUGCCGCUGUUUACAUUGACGGCAAACCAUUCACGUUCACCGGAUCAACUGGCAACAAAUUUGUCAUGCUUGGUAAUACUCCUGCUCAGGGAUGGGAUACCAAUGUUAGCUUUGAUGACAGAGCAUGGUACACACAGACCAGUGAUGUGUGCAACUCUUUAAGCGAUCCUUGGUGGACAUUUAUCCCAACACUCGAUGCCAUGACCAGACCUCAACUUGCUCGUGCCAUGUGGUACCCCGACUGCACUAGCAACCUUGGCAGUACUAAUGCUCCUAAAAACAUGUACUUCCGUCUUGUCGUCACUGCACCAACUACCGCACCGACCUCAAUGCCAGUUGCUCAAGUCUCGACCAUUGCCGCUUACGUGUCUGCUGCCACUACCACUUCACCAGCAGCGGUUGCCACUACCACCUCGGCAGUUGCUCCAAUUGCUACCCACGUUAUUACCAUUACCAUGGUUGUUGAUGACUACUACGAAAUGAAAAUCAACUCUGUGCAGUACACCGUUCCUCAGAAUUCGACCAACUGGAAAACUCUUCAAACCUAUAAUCAAGUUGUGUAUGGUGACGGACCUUGGUUGAUUUCCAUUACAGGACACGAUACCGGCGGUGCUUCUGGUCUGUUUGCCGCUGUUUACAUUGACGGCAAACCAUUCACGUUCACCGGAUCAGCUGGCAACAAAUUUGUCAUGAUUGGUAAUACUCCUGCUCAGGGAUGGGAUACCAAUGUUAACUUUGAUGACAGAGCAUGGUACACACAGACCAGUGAUUCGUGCAACUCUGUAGUUAUUGGAUGGCCAUUUAUUUCAACACUCGAUGCCAUGACCAGACCUCAGCUUGCUCGUGCCAUGUGGUACCCCGACUGCACUAGCACUCCUGGUGAUUCUUAUACCCCUAGAAACAUGUACUUCCGUCUUGUCGUCACUGCACCAACUACUGCACCGACAUCGAUACCAGCUGCUCAAGUCUCGACCACUUCACCAGCAGCGGUUGCCACUACCACCUCGGCAGUUGCUCCAAUUGCUACCCACGUUAUUACCAUUACCAUGGUUGUUGAUGACUACUACGAAAUGAAAAUCAACUCUGUGCAGUACACCGUUCCUCAGAAUUCGACCAACUGGAAAACUCUUCAAACCUAUAAUCAAGUUGUGUAUGGCGACGGACCUUGGUUGAUUUCCAUUACAGGACACGAUACCGGUGGUGCUUCUGGUCUGUUUGCCGCUGUUUACAUUGACGGCAAACCAUUCACGUUCACCGGAUCAACUGGCAACAAAUUUGUCAUGCUUGGUAAUACUCCUGCUCAGGGAUGGGAUACCAAUGUUAGCUUUGAUGACAGAGCAUGGUACACACAGACCAGUGAUGUGUGCAACUCUUUAAGCGAUCCUUGGUGGACAUUUAUCCCAACACUCGAUGCCAUGACCAGACCUCAACUUGCUCGUGCCAUGUGGUACCCCGACUGCACUAGCAACCUUGGCAGUACUAAUGCUCCUAAAAACAUGUACUUCCGUCUUGUCGUCACUGCACCAACUACUGCACCGACAUCGAUACCAGUUGCUCAAGUCUCGACCACUUCAGCAGCGGCGGUUGCCACUACCACUUCACCAGCAGCGGUUGCCACUACCACCUCGGCAGUUGCUCCAAUUGCUACCCACGUUAUUACCAUUACCAUGGUUGUUGAUGACUACUACGAAAUGAAAAUCAACUCUGUGCAGUACACCGUUCCUCAGAAUUCGACCAACUGGAAAACUCUUCAAACCUAUAAUCAAGUUGUGUAUGGCGACGGACCUUGGUUGAUUUCCAUUACAGGACACGAUACCGGCGGUGCUUCUGGUCUGUUUGCCGCUGUUUACAUUGACGGCAAACCAUUCACGUUCACCGGAUCAGCUGGCAACAAAUUUGUCAUGCUUGGUAAUACUCCUGCUCAGGGAUGGGAUACCAAUGUUAGCUUUGAUGACAGAGCAUGGUACACACAGACCAGUGAUGUGUGCAACUCUUUAAGCGAUCCUUGGUGGACAUUUAUCCCAACACUCGAUGCCAUGACCAGACCUCAGCUUGCUCGUGCCAUGUGGUACCCCGACUGCACUAGCAACCUUGGCAGUACUAAUGCUCCUAAAAACAUGUACUUCCGUCUUGUCGUCACUGCACCAACUACCGCACCGACCUCAAUGCCAGUUGCUCAAGUCUCGACCAUUGCCGCUUACGUGUCUGCUGCCACUACCACUUCACCAGCAGCGGUUGCCACUACCACCUCGGCAGUUGCUCCAAUUGCUACCCACGUUAUUACCAUUACCAUGGAUGUUGACGACAGCUACUCUCUUACUUUUGAUGGAACUGACUACAGUGUGUCUUACUCUGAUUCGAGCUGGUAUACGAUCAAAACCUACACUAAAAAUGUUACUGGUAACGGCCCAUGGCUGAUUGCAGUUCACGCCAAUGAUUACGGAACCAUUGCUGGUUUAUUUGCAAGCGUUUUCUUGGAUGGAUCUCCUUAUUCCACAACCGCCACAGCUAAUAACAAAUUCGUCAUGAGUCCCAAUACGCCCUCUACCAACUGGAACACCAAUAUCAACUAUGACGACUCGCAGUGGUUUACUCAAACCACUGAUAACUGCCCAAUAACCAACAUGUGGAACUCUAUGCUCCCUUCUCUUGAUCAACAAACCAAAGGACAAGUAGCCCGUUCUAUGUGGUAUCCUGACUGCAGAAACACGGGCACAGUUGCAAACCCUAAAAACAUGUACUUCCGUCUUGUCGUCACUGCACCAACUACUGCACCGACAUCGAUACCAGUUGCUCAAGUCUCGACCACUUCAGCAGCGGCGGUUGCCACUACCACUUCACCAGCAGCGGUUGCCACUACCACCUCGGCAGUUGCUCCAAUUGCUACCCACGUUAUUACCAUUACCAUGGUUGUUGAUGACUACUACGAAAUGAAAAUCAACUCUGUGCAGUACACCGUUCCUCAGAAUUCGACCAACUGGAAAACUCUUCAAACCUAUAAUCAAGUUGUGUAUGGUGACGGACCUUGGUUGAUUUCCAUUACAGGACACGAUACCGGUGGUGCUUCUGGUCUGUUUGCCGCUGUUUACAUUGACGGCAAACCAUUCACGUUCACCGGAUCAACUGGCAACAAAUUUGUCAUGAUUGGUAAUACUCCUGCUCAGGGAUGGGAUACCAAUGUUAGCUUUGAUGACAGAGCAUGGUACACACAGACCAGUGAUGUGUGCAACUCUUUAAGCGAUCCUUGGUGGACAUUUAUCCCAACACUCGAUGCCAUGACCAGACCUCAACUUGCUCGUGCCAUGUGGUACCCCGACUGCACUAGCAACCUUGGCAGUACUAAUGCUCCUAAAAACAUGUACUUCCGUCUUGUCGUCACUGCACCAACUACUGGAUCCAUCACUGCCACUACAACUUCUGAGGAUUGUGAAGAGGAUGAUAUCACAACAGCUAUCAAACCAACCAGUUCCGCUACUGUUUCUCCUAUCCCAGGUCGUAAAUACCGUGGUCGCACUCGUCCAGAUGACACAAUUGUCGUAAUUCGUCUUGCAGAUCCCUUCCUCAAUUACGAAUCGAAAAAUACAGCUAUAUAUGGGAGCUAUGCACCACCUGCCCAAACCAUUGCUAAUUACCGCCCCUGAAAAAAUUCAUUUUCCAGGUUUUUAAUUGCUGAAAUAAAAUUCUAUUUACAGUCGUAUUCACAAAAUCAGAAAUGUGGUUCAACUGUGAAUGUUUUUAAAUUAC